ACUCGGGAGGGAAGGUCGGAGUCGAAUCGGAGUUAUAAACUGGAAGGCAGAAUGACGGCUCCUCCCGGGCUCAGCAUCGAACCCGGAAUCGGUACUACAACCUUUUCAAACAUAGGGCCCUAGGGUCCCCCCAAUGUUUUGCUUCUGUUCUUGUUACUUCUACGUUGACAAUGGGGGACAACGACACCAUCGGUGUUAUGCAUGAGUGUCAUGAUUCUCUCUCUCCACUCAAGACAUCUCAUCGUUGUCUGUUUCUACAAUCUAGUAUGUACUAUUAUCUUGACUUCCUCAUCCUCCCUCUCGAUUUAAUGUCAAGGCUUAGUCACCGCUUUGUCCUCAGCCGCGUAGUCCAUGCAUGGUCGAUUACCAAAUCAAUCGCGUCAAUUAUCUAUCAACCUUUCUUUUGGGCGUAUAAUCCUCCUCUGGGGAUAACCUUACGAUCAGGCGUUGGAACGUCUCUGAUUCUAAAGACGCACGGACGCGUUUUUCGAGACCGGUUCUCGUCCGCUUCCAUAUCCUCUAAAACGUGUCUUCUCAGACCUCGGUCUAUCAUGUCGGAUGACAAUAUAGUUUUGCUACAGGCCAUCGAUCUCUCCUUCGAACCCUUCCUUCUCGACCAAUGUCUUUACUCGCCUUCCGAAUGUGAUAAUUUUGGCGCCUUGUUCGACCACUACUUCAAGCUCCAACCCGAGUUGGUUUCCUCCGGCUCUUCACCUCAGUGUUCACCCCAGAGAGUCGAUGCCGAGACCCAGACAGAGCCGGAAGAUUUUCACGCUGUAGAACACAGACGGAAGCUUUGGCCGUUGAUAAGGACUCCGACUUCAAAUUGCGGUGCUUCUCCUUCGACUUCAUCUCCAGGAUCAGUGUGCUCUAAAGAUGAAUACAUAGAAUGCGAGAUUGCAUCUACGAACAUCCCACCUCCUGUGGAUCGUACACCUAUCCAAAAUUCUGCCUUGACGGACCUUUUGGAAAUCGUCAUACUCCCGACAUACACAGAGGAUAAAUUCGAAUCUGACGAAGGCCGGAUCGAUUUUCGAAGUCGAAUCGGACAAAUCUUAGAAGAUUACAAACCUCUCACUUCCGCUGUGUUCCUUGCCCUCUUCUAUAUGGAGAGGCUAAAAUACAAGAUAGACGGCAUCCACUCGUUCUACUGGUGGUUCAUUCUCUGCCUUCUAUAUGCUCAUCAGACUUUGGACGAUUUUAUUUCCAUUACCAUAUGGCAAAUCUCGGAAUUCAUGAACGUCGACCCGAGCUUCGCCGCACGGCGUCAGAGGAACGGGUACAAGGCGCUGCAAUACGAUCUCUACAUUAGUCAAGUCGAUUGGGUGUAUCUCCUAAACCACCUCCGUCUCAACUUGGAACCAAACCUACCUUUGACUUCGGCGGACGCGAUUUUACAACUGAUAUUCCAGUCUUUACCAAAUCCGAGUUUUUCGUCCACGGAUGAGCUUCGUCAUCCACUACAAGCUCUAGAGAAGGCUUUGGAGGAGGAUAGGGAGACUGUUCAAAGGAUACAAGAGAGUUUGUUGUGAUAGUGGUGACAAAAUUUUUAUUUGAGCAAAACGUUGAAUAAUAUAUCGGGGAAUUUCAUGGUUAUUUGUUUAUAUGAAGGUAUGAAUCGCAGUUGUGCGUCCAGGUCCGGGGAAUGGCCGAGGUGUAAAAUAAGCA